AUGUCGAAUGCACAGAGAGCCCAGACGUUUCUUCAGCAUAUUGACCAGGCUACAGAGCGGUUGCUAUCGCGGCAACUAGCAUUGGUGCGCAUAGCAGCCGAGCAGGAAAAAGACACCCCAACCAUGGCGGUGGAAACGGCCGAAAUCGAGGCAAGUGCGACGUCGAUUGUUCGGGCGGUGGAGGACCUGUUAGUGGUCACUCGGAGCCUGAAAGAGGCGUGGAUUCUGGGCCAAAUACGCCAGGACCUGCCAGAGCCCACUGAGGACGAAAUACAGAACCGAAAAGACGCGCUGAAGCAAGUUUUCGAGGCAAUCUCCAAGCAGUCGGGGUAA